GCGGCAGCGGCGGCGGCGGCAAGAUGGCGGACGUGCUGGAUCUGCAUGAGGCGGGAGGCGAAGACUUCGCCAUGGACGAGGAUGGCGACGAGAGCAUCCACAAGCUGAAGGAGAAAGCCAAGAAGAGGAAGGGUCGAGGCUUUGGCUCAGAGGAGGGCUCCAGGGCCAGGGUCCGAGAGGACUACGACAGCGUGGAGCAGGAUGGGGAUGAGCCUGGCCCCCAGAGGUCCGUGGAGGGUUGGAUCCUCUUCGUCACAGGGAUCCAUGAGGAGGCCACAGAGGAGGACAUCCACGACAGGUUUGCAGAGUAUGGGGAGAUCAAGAACCUGCACCUCAACCUGGACAGGAGGACAGGCUACCUGAAGGGCUACACUCUGGUGGAGUAUGAGACCUACAAGGAGGCUCAGGCGGCCAUGGAGGGGCUGAACGGGCAGGAGCUGAUGGGGCAGGCGGUCAGCGUCGACUGGUGCUUCGUCAGGGGCCCCCCCAAGGGCAAGAGGAGGGGCGGGCGGCGCCGCAGCAGGAGCCCGGAGCGCCGGCGCCGGUGAUGGCCUCCAGCCCUCCUCCAACCUUCUCCAUCCAG